AUGGAGUCUAGACCGAUUCAGAGUUCCGGCAAUUCGGCCCGCCCACCGCUUUCAAACGAAUACCAGACUUUGGCACCGAGCCCUCGGGAGCAUGUGUCCCGCCCCAGCCCCGACUUCCCGAUCACAUCAACGCAUCGUCGUCUUCCAACAUCAACAUCGUCCAACGCACCCUAUCGUCGUCAUCCGACAUCUCCAACAUCGUCCAACAUCGUCCAACAUCGUCCAACGUUAUCGUCCAACAUCGUCCAACAUCGUCCAACAUCGUCCAACAUCGUCCAACAUCGUCGUCCAACAUCGUCCAACAUCGUCCAACAUCGUCGUCCAACAUCGUCCAACAUCGUCCAACAUCGUCGUCCAACAUCGUCCAACAUCGCCCGACAUCGUCCGAUAUCUUCGGACGUCAUCCAGCAUUGUCCAACACCCAUAGCUAACAGCGCCAAGGCUGAUCAGAUUUGCUGGCUGAGUAUGACCACAUCGAGGCUCAUCCCGACCCCAACCCUGCACAUGUAUAGCGUGUUGGUGUGGGCGGAAGGAUUCAUCACCUCACGCUCGGAGGCUUCGCGCUCGUCACGGACCUGGUGUACGUCCCGCAGCCCGUGGGCCAUGUUCGACCCCGCCCCGCCUAACUACCAUACCGCCGUCGUCUCAAGCCGGUGGCUGCACGCAGCGAUGCGCCUGCCAGUACACCUCACUUUGCCCGAGAAGUUCUCGCCCCCGAUGCCGCUGCCGGACCCGCCGCUGCUCCCGCCGAUCGUGCUGCACAACAAGAGGCUCGAGACAGUCUAUGACGGCAACGGGCAACGGGCCGAGCACUAUCGAGACGUUGAAUAA